GCACCCGCCCCGCCGGUAGGCUGGGUAGACCUUGCUUUACAUUGUAAUACAAUUGAUUUCACACAUAAUUAUUUAAAAAAAGUGUUAGUCGUCGGCCAACAUUAUACGAAUGUGUACAAUGUGUAUGUGCGCAAUAACGUCAUGUGUACAAAACGUUAAUAUGAAUUUCUUAUAUUAUGUGCACAAUAAUGUCAUGUGUACAAUGUGUAUGUGCACAAUAAUGAUAUGUGUACAAACAACGUACGUACGUUUGUAUUUUUAAUUUUUAUAUGUUUACAAUAAUGCUUGUAGGCAAUCGCUCUGUAGACAAUCGGGAAUGUCGGCAAUUGAAGAUGUCGGCAAAACAUUGUAGGCAAACGAAGCUGUAGGCAAACGGGAAUGUAGACAAACGGAACCUCCCAAAAAAUAGGACUCUUUGAUUGGUCAACCAUGCUAAUUAUUUUAGGAACUGGUCAAUAUGAAUGAAAAAAUAAAACUAAUCGAAUUAGUAGAGCAAGAAAAAAAUAUCAUUGAAAAUAAAAAGACUGAUAACGUAAGUGUAAAAGACAAAGAGAAAUGUUGGAUAAACAUCACAAAGAAAUUUAACAGUGGUUGUAUCUCAGGACAUCGAGAUAUGGGUUGUCUAAAAAAUUGUUGGGACAACUUGAAAAAAAAACUUGUAAACAUUAUGCUGAAAUUCGUAGUGAACUUUUCAAAACAGGUGGUGGAAAAAUGAAUAUCAUUGGAGAUGACCCUAUUGCUGAAAUGGUCAAAAAUAUUAUUCAGCCAUCGGUUGAAGGUUUACAAAAUAGAUUUGACAGCGAUUAUAUGCCAGAUGAUCUACAGUACAGCAAAGAAUUGGAAAAUGAAGACUGUUAUCAAGUUGAAAUGCUAGAAGAAGAAAAUUUAAAUGCAGUAACUUGGGCUGAAUGGACACCAGCUAAGCUGAGUUCUGAAAAAAGCAAAGAAUUGCAAUUUUCAAACAACAAUGAAAAUAACGAUGGAACUGACAACUCAUUGUCAUUUGAAGAUAUCGAAACAUUCUGUACACAAUCUUCUAGUAAGAAAAACUGUGAUCCUCCAACAAAUAAUUCAUCACAACCAAAUUUGAAACGUAAGAAAUCAAAACAGCUUGAAGUAACUUCUUCCAAACAAAAUGAACAGUUUUAUGAUCUUGCACAAUCUAAAUUAGAGUUAGUGGAAUUAAUGAAAGAAAAUUUUUGUAAAAUAUCGCCAAUACAAAUAUCAAUUUACCAAAAACAAUUAGAAAAAGAAAAACUUUAUGUUGAAAUACUUAAAAAACAAUUGAAAUUUUAUGAAAAAUAAAUUUGUUUCUUUUUUCCUUAUGUCUACAGUUUCAAUUUGAAUCAUAUUGAGCAUGUUCUUAAAAGUUAAAAGUUUUUAUAUUUAUUGAAAUUAUUAUUUUAUUUUAUACUGAAUACCAAAGAAACUGUAAAUUUUUAUUUUAAAGUUUAUUUCAAAGAAACUAUAAAUUUUUAUUUUCAAGUACCAAAGAAGAUUCUUUAUUAAUUUUUAUUGAUAGGUAUCAGUAAGCAAAAUAUAUAAUGAAAUAAUUUAUUUUCUGUUAAUUAGAUAUGGUAGUUAUAUAGAUUCUAUUAAUUCUAAUUUAGAUCUUAUUUAGAUCAUUUAACAUACGUUAAAAAAUUUUGAUAUUUAUAAUAUGCAUUCAUUAAAAUAGUCUUGUUACU